ACAAGGAUGGGGUGGGUGCCACUGGGUGUGGACAGAGAGCUAGUGAAACAAGACCAUGACAAGUCACCGGUCAGCUCAGCCCUGCCUGUGUUUCUCUUUUCUUAGCUCAGUGAGUACCGGGUAUGUGUCACCCUGCCAAAUCCCUGAUCACAAGUCUCCAUGAACUGGCGGUGGGUGAGCUGGGAUAAUAAAACCCCUGACAUCACCAUUCCAGAAGCUUCAGAAGACUGCAUAUAUAAGGGGCUGGCGGGAGCUGCCGCUGAAGGAGCUGACCAGCCGACCGACGCUACAUUCAUCUAGCCACAAUGGACAUCGCCAUCCACCACCCCUGGAUCCGGCGCCCCUUCUUCCCCUUCCACUCCCCAAGCCGCCUCUUCGACCAGUUCUUCGGAGAGCACCUGUUGGAGUCUGACCUCUUCUCCACAGCCACUUCCCUGAGCCCCUUCUACCUUCGACCACCCUCCUUCCUGCGGGCACCCAGCUGGAUUGACACCGGACUCUCAGAGAUGCGUUUGGAGAAGGACAGAUUCUCUGUGAACCUGGACGUGAAGCACUUCUCUCCGGAGGAACUCAAGGUCAAGGUUCUGGGGGACGUGAUUGAGGUCCACGGCAAGCACGAAGAACGCCAGGACGAACAUGGCUUCAUCUCCAGGGAGUUCCACAGGAAGUACCGGAUCCCAGCCGAUGUGGAUCCUCUCACCAUUACUUCAUCCCUGUCCUCUGAUGGAGUCCUCACUGUGAAUGGACCAAGGAAACAGGUGUCUGGCCCUGAGCGCACCAUUCCCAUCACCCGUGAAGAGAAGCCUGCUGUCACCGCAGCCCCUAAGAAGUAGAUCCCCUUUCCUCAUUGAGUUUUUUUUUUUAAAACAAGGAAGUUUCCCAUCAGUGAAUGAAAAUCUGUGACUAGUGCUGAAGCUUAUUAAUGCUAAGGGCUGGCCCAGAUUAUUAAGCUAAUAAAAAUAUCGUUCAGCAACAGA